AUGUUGGGAGGCCGGCGAGGCCUGGACGUGGGUACGUGGUGGUGCGUUUGUGCACCGAUUGAUCCGGCACUACCCAUCAGCCUCAACAGGCAGCAGCAGCAGCAGCAACAACAACACAGCAUCACCAUCACCAUCGUAUUCAUAGCAGCAGCAUUAAAUGGCACCCGCCGUUUGUCCGGCUACGGUCGAACGGACAAAAGGCCGGAUGUCUGCUAA